ACCCUCCUCAGGUCGGCGCUUCACCAACUUGCAGCGAACAAAUGGCUCAGAAGUAUCCUACGUUCCAUCGCUACAGUAUCUCUCGUUACCGUAGAAGAAGAGGCGACCCCCCACCGCCUCUGCUCUCCCAAGAUUUUUUUUUCCUAACAGUUUGUCGGCUUUGCUUAAACCUUUCAACCCCACCUUAUUUAUAAACCCCUCUUCACCACCAUUUUUCUCACCUUUUCAUUUUGCCUACCAAAACUUUGUUUUCGAUAAAUGAACCCAGAAGAUGAACUGCAUCCCAAAUCCCCUUCGAAAUUGUCCACUGCUACAACUAGUUCUUCAAUUCAAGUAGAGACGACAAUGGGUUCCCAGCAGAUUCCUUCUAGUUCUCUCUUUGUGGACACAACAUUUGGUUUCUCUCCAUCUCCGUUGUCUUCGCCAUUUCCGUCUCCUUUGAUGGAAUUCGAAGCUUUUUCUGGGAUGAACCUGCCUUUGUCAGGUGGUGUUGAAGAGGAGCCUGUUGGGGUGCCUCAACCUCUAGAGUGUCUGCAGGGUAACCCAAUCCCGCCUUUUCUGUCCAAGACGUUUGAUUUGGUGGAUGACAGCUCUUUGGAUCCGAUCAUAUCGUGGGGACCAACAGGGAAGAGCUUCGUGGUAUGGGAUCCGGCCGAGUUUGCUAGGCUGAUUCUCCCUCGGAAUUUCAAGCACAACAAUUUUUCCAGUUUUGUUCGCCAGCUUAAUACUUAUGUGGGUAUUGCAGUAACACGGCCUGCUUAAAAUUGGCCGUGUCAUCUCUACUUGUACGUUGUUAUUGUUGUUCUUCUUCUUGUUGCUUGUUCUUUUUGUUUUUGUUUUUUCCCUGUAAUUCUUUUUUUUUUUUCUUCGUUUCGUUUCAUGGUUUAGGCCGGUUUUGUAAAAUGUGUAACAUACUCAUAUGGUUUAUUCAUGUACAGUUAACAAUCAAAUAUUGUAUUAGAU